UUCAGAUCUUUGGUCAAGCAUGACCCCUGGCAACUAAAGGAUCAUUUUAAAGUGCAGCAUCUUCUCCGUUCAGGUGAAGUGGAGAGAGCAGCAAGCAGCCAACUGGGUCAGAUCUGGACGGAGCUUGCUGAACAAAUGACAGGGGAUUUGGCCGAAGUGAUUGCAACGGCAUUCUCUCAGACCCUGAUGAUUGCAGCCACUGAACCCAGGUGCCAGGCAUCACGGGCAGUGCCGACUGAUCCGACUUUGCGAGGUUCAGGAUACGGAACAUUGCCUGGAGGUUCCCUGCCUGGGUCGGUGUCCAGCGCGCCACCUCCUGUGAUCACCGCGACCGAGAGCAGUACCCAGUCACCGGGAGCGGCCCAAGCCCUGGACGUGUCCAUGGACUUUGCGAAAAUCUAUAAGUACCUGUCGGCCACCGCGAGGGGCUCAACAUUGCCACAGCUCUCCGCCUUCGAGUCUGCAGUUGUCCUUGACCUGUUGAUGUCUCUCCCGGACCAGCUACAAGACCUGGACUGCCAGGAGCUGUGGACCCACAUGAACACCACCUACCGCCAGCUGACCAGCACUGCUUCAGCCAUGCAAGCUGCUCAUCCAGUUCAGACAGCGCCCUCCACUGCACAGGGCCCCAGUAUCAAUCUGACAGGGCAGACACAGGCCUCUGGUCCUAACGUCCAGCCUGCAGCCCAGACCCAUUCCACGGCUCAGUUCGGCCAAUCAAAAUCUGGGCUCAGCAAUGCUGCUGAGCUACCUCUGGAAUCUGAUAGGCCUGCACCAUGCCCUUUGAACCCCUUCCGGCUCCCUGUAAAGCUGUUGGUCAGAAGUGAGGCACCGACAGCGCCUCGGGAUCCCAUUGCUGAUUUGGGAUCAGCUGCCGAGGAGGUAACACUGACGCUGAGCGCUGUCCAGCCCAGCGCUGACCUCCGACCUCCAGACAAGGAACCGGCACUGAGCGCUGUCCAGCCCAGCGCUGACCUCCAACCUCCAGCCGAGGAACCGGCACUGAGCGCUGUCCAGCCCAGCCCUGACCUCCGACCUGCAGCUGAGGAGGUGAUACUGACACUGACUGCUGUCCAGCCCAGCACUGACCCCCGAACUCCAGCUGAGGAACCGACACUGACCGCUGUCCAGCCCAGCCUUGACCCCCGACCUCCAGCUGAGGAGGUGACACUGACACUGACCGCUGUGCAGCCCAGCCUUGAACCCCGACCUCCAGCUGAGGAGGUGACACUGACACUGACCGCGGUCCAGCCCAGCCCUGACCCCCGACCUCCAGCUGAGGAGGUGACACUGACCGCUGUCCAGCCCAGCCCUAGCCUCCGACCUCCAGCUGAGGAGGUGACACUGACACUGACUGCUGUCCAGCCCAGCCUUGACCCCCGACCUCCAGCUGAGGAGGUGACACUGACCGCUGUCCAGCCCAGCCCUGACCUCCAACCUCCAGCUGAGGAGGUGACACUGACACUGACUGCUGUCCAGCCCAGCCCUGACCUCCGACCUCCAGCUGAGGAGGUGACACUGACACUGACUGCUGUCCAGCCCAGCCCUGACCCCCGACAUCCUGCCGAGGAGCCGACAUUGACCAGUGUCCUUCCCAGUACUGACCCCUGACCUCCUGAGAAACUGACAUUGAUCACUGUCCUUCCCAGUACUGACCCCUGACCUCCUGAGGAACUGACAUUGACCGCAGUCUAGCCCAGCUCUGACCUCCUGCCAAGUAGCCAACACUGACCCCUGUCCAAUCAAGCAUUGACCCCUGACCUUCUCCUGAGGUGACAAUAUUGACCCAUUCAGUCCAGUAGUGAUCUUUGACCUCCUACCACGGAUACAGCACUGAAUUCUGUCCAGUUCAGUGUUGAACCCCAACCUCCUGCCAGUGGUCCAACACUGACCCCUGACCUCAUGCUGAACACACGCAGCUGAUUACUGUCCAGCGGUGAUCCCUCACCACCUUCUGAGGACACAGCACUGACCCCUGUCCAGCCAGUGCUGACCCCAGGUCACGACUACCUUAUUCUAAGAGUCAACUGCUGACCCUUCACCUAUCCCAUGGAGCCCAGUGCUGACGUCUGGCCUCCUCCCAGAGCUCAGCCCUGACUCACUGACUGCCUCAAGCUGCUGAUUAACCCCCCCCC